AUGGUUGCCACUGGCAGUUUGAACACGAAGAACCCGGGCAGCAGCGUCUCAGAGCUGCUGGACCACGGCUUCUACCCGCGGAGCCUGAUCAAUGAUUUUGACUACUGGGAUUAUGUUGUUCCCGAACCCAACCUCAAUGAGGUCAUAUCUGAGGAGACAACUUGCCAGAAUUUGGUCAAAAUGCUGGAGAACUGUCUGUCCAAAUCCAAGCAAACCAAACUGGGUUGCUCCAAAGUCCUUGUCCCUGAGAAACUGACCCAGAGGAUCGCUCAGGACGUCCUCCGCCUCUCCUCCACGGAGCCCUGCGGCCUGCGGGGGUGUGUCCUGCACGUGAACAUGGAAGUGGGCAACGUCUGUGUCAAGCUGGACAGGAUUGUGUGCGACUCCACUGUGGUGCCCACUUUUGAGCUUACACUCGUGUUUAAGCAGGAGAACUGCUCAUGGACCAGCCUCAGGGACUUUUUCUUUAGCCGCGGUCGCUUCGCAUCCAGCCUUAGACGAACUCUGAUCCUGAGCUCAGGAUUUCGACUUGUUAAGAAAAAGCUUUACUCCUUGAUUGGAACGACAGUCAUUGAAGAGUGCUAA